AUGGAUCAAAAUCUUAACACAUCAUCUAUGAGGGACCAUGAGGUCAAUCUGUUUUCUGGAGCUUUUUCAACUUCAUGCGAACGGGUUCCGAAUUCGAAUGAAGUGGAGAACAGUCAAGAGUUGGUUUCGUACUUUGAGGAUGUUUGCUUCAUCGCUAUAUCUGGAAAACGGAAAAGUGGGAAAGAUUACUUUGCCAACCUUCUUCGCAAGGAAAUUAUGAACCGUUUGGGUAAAACAGCUGCAAUAAUUCACAUCUCUGAACCGAUUAAACGGGCUUUUGCUGAGGAACAGAACCUUGAUCUUGAGAAAUUAAUGUCCUCCUCAGAGUACAAGGAAAAAUUCCGUCGUACCAUGGUGCAUUGGGGUGAAGUGGAACGACGGAAGGACCCAACAGUUUUCUGCCGAAAGUCUCUGGAAUACUUAAUGCAGGACUCUCCUUUCAAACCAAUCUAUCUUAUCAUUGCUGAUUGUCGUAGACCUUCUGACCUGACAUUCUUCUCCAGCUUCAAUAGAGAAAUUCCACUUCUUCAUCUUCGAAUAUCCGCCUCACCAACUACUAGACGUUCCCGAGGUUGGAUUUUCUUUCGGGGCAUAGAUGACGCGGAAACUGAGUGUGCACUAGACGACGCCCCUUUUGAUAUCCUUGUGAUCAAUGAAUCCGAAAGAACUCUCAAACUUUCUAUGAAUAUGGUAAUUAGGGCGAUAUCGGGCAAACCGCUGAGGAGAAUCAUGACCCUAUAA